AUGCAUGACGAGCUUCAUCGGUCGCGGAAGCUCGCCUUCGAUGAGAAAGUCAUCGACGAGCGCAGAGCGACUGUGGCGGACCGGUCCGCUGUCUUACAGCGUAUCCUUGGCUAUGCCAAAGUCAACGGGCCAUUCACCGCGCCGCCACCGCUGCCGGCCGCCGACACUGUCUCAGCAUCAACUGUUUUAAUGCCCACCGUUUCCUCUGGACAUGCCGUUUCAAAAGAUUUGCAGCCACUGUCAUCGGUCGCCGCUCGGAUGAAGUGGUCACCGACUAUCGAUGUUGUUGCUCAGCGCAACGUGAAGUCUCAGCCUUCGCUAGGACGCCAGGAAGCAACCAUGCAAAUAGCCCAACCCAUUAGCAACAGCUCGUUGCCUCACCAGUCUACUGACUCGCAGAAGAAGCCGAAGCUUCAGUCAUCGCCGAAAAAGCACCUAGACCGUAAGGCGCCUGUCGAGCCUGCGAUACGCAAGUAUCAUCCGGACCUUUUGGGAUUCACCUUUCCCGCCGCACCUGCCCCGGAAGAUAAAAGAGAUCAGAAAAUGAACGACGCUAUGUCUUAUGGUGGGUUUACUGGACAAGAUUCUCCCGCAGCAGGCAGGAAGGUUCUGGGCAACGCUUUCACGCCCGAGCCGUUCGCCCCUCCAAGCGCUCAGAGCAGUGAAUUCGACAUCUACAGAGAUGCAGAGAGUACUAGCACCGAAGAUGCGCCUCAAUUCAACAAUAACACGAAUGUACACAACAAAGUUUUACACGACAUGUCUUCAAAGCGCACCAUCACCGGUAACACAUUGCAAAACUCGUCGCAGUUUCAGUCUACGCCUCAACCGCCCAGGCAGCCCCCCACGCAGUGCAAUGUUGUUCCGAACCUUGGAUACUUGUUUGAUCAGUGGUUCCGCUUCGGUCGCAAGCACUGGGAGGGUCUGUGCCUGUUGCAGCCCCGAGAGAUUCCCAUUCACUCCGUCACUGCGCGGACGAUUCCGUGCCCACCCCGGACCUCGCCUCACGAGAUCGUGGAAAAGCCAGCUAAGCUGUUCACCAUCGCUGACCAACACGAUGCCGCCGAAGUCAAGAUGAUCGAAGUCGAAGUCCUUCCAGAGUCGGACAACAUGCGAAAGGCCCUGUUGAACAGUCACCACCCCUACCACGAGACUUCUACCGCGAACCCCAAUAUCUGGACCAUCCUGUACAUUCAAGAGAAGCCGUCGCGUUUUCCUGAAAAUAGCGCCAAGGGUCCAGAAAAACUAGGGAAGGGUGAUACCGGGGUCGUCGGGACCCCUGUGGCAAAGAGAAGGCGCGGAACGCAGGUUCAGGGCGUUGAGGAACCCGUGUUGGGCGAAGAGACUGUUCAAACCUCGUGGCAACUUGUUGCCUGGCCCUCGGCUCACGUGUCGAGGUUCAUGGAGGUGCUGGGACCUGUUCGCGAGAAAGACUUGUCAGAUGAACAGACGGAGAACAGGGCUCAGGGCAGUUCGGCCGGCCGCACGCCGUUGGCUCCCAAGAUUGUUCAGGUACGUCAGCAGCCAUCCCUCGGGAAGCCACAGAGUGGGCGGGUGCACCUGAAGGAUGCUCGGGCGUACGCAGAGUACAUGGCGACCGCCCAGGCGCGUGCAGAGAAGCAACAAAAUGCCAGUGACGGUGCCCCGCAGGUUGUCGCCGAUCGAGAGAGGAUUCCUUUCCCGCUGCAGCCUCCUUUCUACUUCAAGGUCGAUGCCGUCGCAGGCCGGGUGCAGCAACUGCAACAGCUGUCGGGUAACAUGUCCAGCCUCAGCAUCGGCAACAAGAGUGAUGAGAAUGUUGUGCUUGUCCACGAAAUGCAGCGUCUUACCUGCCUUCGCUUUCAACGUGGCGGUGCACACCCGCUUCUGGCUGGAAAUGACGUCGAUCUGAACUACUGGAACACAUUCUGUGAGUACUUUGCCAAAGGAGAAGUUCAACUCGAGGUAUUGAGUCCUGUGGACGGCGAACCGGUCAUCCUUUCGGAAAGGGAGCAGCAACUUCGUAGAGGCACUGGAGCAAGAAACGUCUCAACUUGGGGUGAGGAGCUUGAUGCCCGCCAUUCGACUGGAACUAGUAAGGGUCGUCUGGACGCACUGCGUUCCGGUGGUCGUACAUGGGGUACGCCCAUCCCGGAGUCGAUGAAGAGCGCCAUCAAGGACGAGCGUGAAGACGAACCAGAUUCGACACCUCUGCUGCAAAGACAACAUACGCCAUAUGGCGCGCAGAAUGGUUUCCAGCAGCGCGGAACUCGUAACGCAUACCAGUUCAUCUCCAAGGCUCGCAACACGACGCGCCACCAGUCCUUGUAUCAGCUGCCUUCGCUGAGCAAGCCGAUGGACCAUCUCCAGCACACUCGCGUCUCCUCUUUUCCUAAAGCCAGUUCCACCACCUGCACCAAGCAACACAGCGAUCGUCAAGAUGGAAGUUCGGUGGAGACUAUAAAGGCGAAGCCUAUUAUCGAUGUUACCAACAAGACUCCUGUUGCCCAACCGAAGUUUGUCGGUGCAGCGGCCGAACGUACCGGCCCGCUCAUGAAGGGAUGGCAGAUGGAGAUGCUAGACGCUCUGGGCAAGGGACAGAACCCGGUGUGGCAAGGCUGGACUGAGCGUUCAGCGACUUACCAGGAACGCGAGAAGGAAAUCGAGCACGGCGAGAAGCGCAUCGCCCAGGAAGCCUUCUCUCACUGGUCCAAGGAAGUUCAAGUCCAGGAUGAGGACCGCUCCUGCCGUGAUGAUAACACCAUGUUCCAGAGCUAUGCUGCAGAGACUAAGCGACGCCAUGAGGAUAUGGUGCGCUUGCAGGCGGCGAAGCCGCUGAGGGAGAAGCUUGAUGACAAUGAGGACAUGCUGAGAGGAAGAGAAGCGAUGUACCAGUCACGUAAGCACAUGGAUGAGGUCAGGUUGGAGGCGAUUCGGAGGGAGUGCAAUAGGGGCAGGAUGAGCCCGAAGACGGGAAUGCGCAUUCUGGAGAAGUCGCUGCGCGUCGGUCAACAACAGAAGCAGGAAGAAAAUCAGCAGCGUCAACACCAGCAGCAGCAAGAGUAUCAGCAGCGGCAGUACCAGCAGCAGCCGGUUCAUCCAGUCAACCAAGGAGCCCUUGGACGUCUAGACCAGGCAUACCGUUUCCAGCACCUGCACCAACCCCCGUACGUCCCAGGUGUUCUUGCUCGGCCUAUCCCACAGACGGUCCCGUACGGCAUGCAUCAACAGCAGUACCACAACCACCCGCAGCAUCAGCAGCAGGUUCCCUUCGGCUACGGCUUCGCCAAUCCGUACGCUGACGCCCAAAGGAGGGCUCAGCACUUGCUUGGCAUGAACCAGGCUGCGUAUCCGUACGGCCAGCACGUCCCGCAGGCGUACGGUCAGGUUCAGCAGCCGUAUGCACAGGCGCAGCAGCAGCCAUUCCACAGCCACUUGCAGCAGAUCGGUCGGCAUUUCAACCAGCAGAUGGCCGCUCCCCCUCCCGCCCUGCAGCAGCCUGCUCCCGGAGCUCCUGGUGUACCUUCCUACUUUGUCUGGCAGCAGAUAUCAGGUGCCCUGGCGGCGGAGCAACAGAGGGCUAGCUACUCCAACGCGAUGGAGUAUGAAGAAGCAGACGAAGACGACGACGAGGACGAUGAUGACGAUGAGCAUGAGGGUGGUUACUACUAA